AUGGCUGUCGACUUCGGCUUACCCUUCCGGGCCCCUGAGGUCAACCCUAUCACCUACAAGGCCCGUGCCAUCCCAUUCCUGAACCCCAUUAACAUGUAUGGAAGAGUAUUUUUGGCGAGUUGGCUAGGCUUCUUCGUGGCAUUCUGGAGUUGGUAUGCGUUUCCUCCUCUGUUGCACGACACCAUCCAAAAGGACCUCAAACUGACCAAAAUCGAUGUCGCCAACUCCAACAUCAUCGCCUUGUGCGCAACUUUGCUUGUCCGACUCAUCGCGGGCCCAUGCUGCGACCGUUUCGGGCCUCGCUGGACAUUUGCUGGCUGCUUGUUUGUUGGUGCUAUCCCCACAUUCUUGGCUGGAACUGCGUAUACCAAGAGCCAGCUCUUUGCUGUUCGUUUCUUCGUUGGCAUCCUCGGUGGCAGCUUCGUUCCGUGUCAAGUCUGGACCACUGGCUUCUUUGACAAAAAUGUGGUCGGCACUGCCAACGCCUUCACGGCUGGCUUUGGUAACGCUGGUGGAGGCGUCACAUAUUUCCUGAUGCCAUCCAUCUACGACUCCCUCCUCAGCAAUGGCUUGACUCCUCACACGGCCUGGCGUGUGGCCUUUGUUGUGCCGGGUAUUGUCAUCGUGGCUGUCGCUUCGGGCCUUCUUCUGCUUUGCCAGGAUACCCCCACGGGCAAGUGGAGUGAGCGCCAUCGUGCUGCUGAGUUUCACCUCGCAGCUCAUGGCGUUCAAACUACCAUUGUUGAUCGACCCAGCGUCAGCAUUGCGGACAAGCCUGCUUCGGCAUCUUCAGGUACAUUCAGUCCGCCAGCAGGCGAGAAGGUGCAGUACGAUGCGAGUGCUGAGCGCAAAGUAUCCGUCUACGCUGACCACGAGGCUCAAAUGACUGAACAACAAAUGCUCGACACGGCUCGUGGGGAAAUUGUCGUAAAGCCCACGCCCAAGGAAGUCGCCGCGGCCAUGUUCUCUCCCCAGACCCUCGUCGUCGCCUUGUGCUACUUCUGCUCCUUCGGCGCCGAACUGUCCAUCAACUCUAUCCUGGGAACAUAUUACCAGAAGAACUUCAAGCAGCUCGGCCAGACCACCUCCGGGCAAUGGGCAGCCAUGUUCGGCUUGCUCAAUGUUGUCUGCCGUCCCUGUGGAGGCAUUUUCGCGGACAUCCUCUUCAAGCGCUUCCCCAACGUCUGGGUGAAGAAGGUCUGGAUCCACACUCUGGCCGUCAUCACUGGUGUCUUCCUCGUUGUCAUCGGCGUUCUUGACUCGCACCAUACGAGCACGAUGUUCGGCCUCAUCGCCGGUAUGGCUUUCUUCUUGGAGGCGGGCAAUGGAGCCAACUUCGCUCUCGUCCCACAUGUCAACCCUCAUGCAAACGGCGUGGUGUCGGGAAUGACCGGUGGCAUGGGGAACUUGGGCGGCAUCGUCUUCUCCAUCAUCUUCCGCUAUGAAAAGACCGACUAUGGGAAGUCAUUCUGGAUCAUCGGCGUCAUCACCAUUGCCAUUAAUGUGGCGGUCUGCUGGAUUCCUCCGGUGUCAAGGAAGCAGAUUGGCGGUCGGUAG